AAACGCUGCGUUUCGAAUCAAUCUAACUUGUUCUUCAAGAAGUGCGUCUUCAGAAGCCAAAAGAAGAGUCUCUUCUUCGAUUUCCAGAUCAAUCAGCUGGGUUUUGAUUCCGUUGUGCGAAGGACUUAGAGGUUUCGCAGAUCGAAAUCGCAAAAGAAGAAGAAGAUGUUUCUCACUAGAACUGAGUAUGACAGAGGAGUCAACACUUUUUCUCCAGAAGGAAGGCUAUUUCAAGUGGAAUAUGCCAUUGAAGCUAUCAAGCUUGGUUCUACUGCAAUUGGAGUAAAGACAAAAGAAGGAGUUGUGCUUGCUGUCGAGAAGCGUAUCACUUCGCCAUUGCUGGAACCGAGCAGUGUGGAGAAGAUUAUGGAAAUUGAUGACCAUAUUGGUUGUGCUAUGAGCGGUUUAAUUGCUGAUGCGCGUACACUUGUUGAGCAUGCUAGAGUUGAGACUCAAGUGAGGUUUCUGUUUCUUGGUUCUUUUCGUAUAGCUUCAAAAGACCUUUUAUGUGUUAUUGACGGCUUUUUUGCUCUUGUACAGAACCAUAGAUUCUCGUAUGGUGAACCAAUGACUGUAGAGUCCACAACACAAGCACUGUGUGAUCUGGCUUUACGGUUUGGUGAAGGAGAGGAAGAAUCAAUGUCUCGUCCAUUUGGAGUAUCACUUCUCAUUGCUGGUCAUGAUGAAAACGGACCAAGCUUGUACUACACAGAUCCUUCAGGAACAUUCUGGCAGUGCAAUGCAAAGGCAAUUGGUUCAGGCUCGGAAGGAGCUGAUAGCUCUCUCCAAGAGCAAUUCAACAAAGAUUUAUCUCUACAAGAAGCUGAGACGAUUGCUGUAUCGAUCCUCAAGCAAGUUAUGGAAGAAAAGGUGACUCCAAAUAAUGUGGAUAUUGCCAAGGUAGCACCAGCUUAUCAUCUCUACACUCCACAAGAAGUCGAAGCAGUCAUCGCUCGUCUAUGAUGGAAAAAUCUCAAUUUGGGUAAUUUACCUAUCCGCUUGUGUCACAAAACUUGUUACUUUUGUCUGUCAGAUUGAGGAUUCAUAUCAGAUUUUUAGUCUGUUGUGUAAGAGAAUCUUUUGUUUGUCUCCCAUGUCAUUCAAUAACCUCUCGGAUUUGUGAUUAGAAAAUUUCCUUUCCUACCA